AUGGCAUUCGGCGAACGCGGUGGACGUGGUGGUGGUGGUCGCGGCGGUGGUCGCGGUGGCUCGUUCGGCGGACGCGGUGGCGGCCGCGGCGGUGGUGCCGGUGGUGGCCGUGGUGGCUUUGGCGGUGGUGGCCGUGGUGCCCCCGGCGGUCGCGGCGGUGCCGGUGGCCGUGGCCGUGGUGCUCCUGGUGGCCGUGGUGGUGGCCGCGGUGGUGCCCGUGGCGGCAAGGCUGGUCUCGGCAAGGGCCCCGGUGCUGUCACCAUUGAGAACCACAAGCACGCUGGUGUCUACAUUGCCAAGGGCAAGGAGCACCUCCUUGUUACCCGCAACCUCACCCCCGGUGAGAGCGUGUACGGUGAGAAGCGCAUCUCGGUCGCUACCAUGAACGCGGAGGGUGAGGAAGAGAAGGUCGAGUACCGUGUGUGGAACCCCUUCCGCUCCAAGCUUGCCGCUGGUAUCCUCGGUGGUCUUGACAACAUCCAUAUCAAGCCCGGAGCCAAGGUCCUCUACCUCGGUGCCGCCUCGGGUUCGUCGGUCUCGCACGUUGCCGACAUUGUCGGCCCCGAGGGUGUCGUCUACGCCGUCGAGUUCUCGCACCGCCCGGGUCGUGACCUUAUCGGCAUGGCCAAGAAGCGCACCAACGUUAUCCCCAUCGUUGACGACGCUCGUCACCCCCAGAAGUACCGCAUGCUCCUCCAGAUGGUCGACGUCAUCUUCGCCGACGUUGCCCAGCCUGACCAGGCCCGUAUCAUUGCCCUCAACGCCCACCACUUCCUCAAGCAGGGUGGUGCCAUUGUCAUCUCGAUCAAGGCCAACUGUAUCGACUCGACCGCGCCCGCUGCCCAGGUCUUCGCUUCCGAGGUCAACAACAUGCGCAAGGAGGGCAUCAAGCCCAAGGAGCAGCUCACCCUCGAGCCUUACGAGCGUGACCACGCCAUUGUCGUUGGUAUCUACGAGCGCAACUCUGGCAACUAA